AUGCACAGGGUGGAAAGGGGGUGUCUGCCCGGCACAAACUGCUUGGUGACGGUUCCGCAGGACCGUUACUUUGCCGUCGAAAAGUUCGGGGGCUUUUCGCACAUCUUGGAGCCAGGUUUAGCAGCAGUUGGUCUGGACUGCUGCGGACUCUGCGUCGGGUUGCGUUCUAUCACGGCCAGAACUGAGCAGCACUUCGUGACGGUAUCCACAAAGACCAAGGACGAUGUCUUCGUCCAUGUGAAGGUUGCCGUGCAGCAGGCGGUGAUGCCCGAAUACACAGAGCUUGCGAUGUACAAAUUGGACAAUGUGAAUGUGCAAGUCGAGUCUUAUGUUGCCGACGUGGUGCGCUCGCACGUCCCGCAGAUGACACUGGACGAGGCUUUCGAGAAGAAGGAGGACGUCUCCGAUGCCGUGCAGAAGAAGCUUGUACAGGAGAUGAUCAAUUUCGGCUUUUCCAUCACCAAGGCUUUAGUAACAGAGGUGAUGCCGCAUUCGGAAGUCGUGGCGUCCAUGAACGAGAUCAACAAGCAAAAGCGCUUGCGGGAUGCUACCCACAUGGCUGCUGAGGCCGAGAAGAUCAAGCUAGUCAAGGCUGCUGAAGCAGCGGCCGAUGCCGCACAGCUGCAGGGUGAAGGCAUUGCACGACAGCGUCGAGCCAUCAUCGACGGGUUGAGAGAAUCGAUCACACAUGGGUCGGGUGAGACUCUGUCGAUUGAGGAGAUCUCUGAUCUCAUGCUGAUUACACAGUACUUCGAGACUCUCCGAAACGUGGCCGCGUCGAAUCGGUCCAGCACUGUCUUCCUUCCUAGUGGACCACGCGACCUGGGUAUGUCCACCAAGUGGCGAAUCAGGUCGCGCGAUUCUCCUGUGCUAGGAAGUCCCGCGGUGCAAAUCAACCUCAAAGCGAAGACUUCUUCGGCAAAGGCCUCACAAAAAGCCCAGUCGGCCCCCAAGGCCGAGACGAGGAAGAAACAAGCGACACUGCCUGCAGCCGAGGAGGAUAGCGCAAAGGCCGCAUCAACAGAGCCACACGAAUGUGAGGACAAGGAGGAGAAGGUAGAUACAGCAGAUACAGCAGAUGUGCAUGAGGCAGCGGAAGAGGGAUCAAAGGAGAACCUGGGCGCACAAGAACCCGAUGGCAGCUUGGGAAACGACAGCACAGAGGACCCUGUGGCAGCAUGGAGCGAAGAUGAGCCAGAGCUGGAUGGACGAGCACUAGCCUUGGAGGUUACAGCACGAAAGUCUAAAGCAAAGAAGGUGAAAGGAAAAGCAAAGGCAGUGAAAGUAAGGCACGGAGCAAGCUCCUGGACAGCUACAGAUGUGAAGAAGCGCUGCCGCAGACUGCGCGGAGGCGGAUUCGGCUUGGUUUGGCAGUUGGCCGUGAGACGUCUUGACUGGUCGACCAGAGACUGGCUGCCAAUCAACGCUCAAAGAUGUUCUUUCAAGCCGGCCGGGCAGUUAAUGUUAAUGUUUGCCAGCGAGGCAGAGCAAUCUGUGCUGCAAUGCAUGCUAGCAGCAGCAAAUCCCUUGUGCAAGGGGAUUGCUCAGCUUCACUGCGAAGUCUCCGAGUUCGGCACAGGGGACUUCCGCACGCCGAGCUUGGACAUUUGCUUCCGCAAGGACGGUUCCAGGCUACUUCCGCUUGUGUACCAACGCCAUAGGGUCAUGCCCGGCAUGCUGCCGUCCAUGUCGGGACUGCCACUGCUGGGUGCUCACAAUCCCGAGGGUGCCCAGACACUGAUCAUCGAUAUGAUCGACACAUACACUGAGGUCAAGGUUCAGCUGAUUUACACGGUCUUUCCGGGGCUCUCAGCCGUGAGCCGGCGAGUUGUUGUGAAGAACAGCUCCCGGCUGGGCAUGGGCGGCGUGGACCUGAUGAAGUGCAUGUCUGGCACCUUCGAUUUCCUCACGAACGACUGGCACCUUCUGUCGCUGCACGGGAGCUGGGCCUGCGAGCGGCAAAUCACAACGCGCAGGCUCCAGGAGGGCACGGUCCAUCUCGGCAGCAACCGCGGGGUGUCUUCCCAUCAGACGAAUCCUUUUGCAGUUCUUUCAGCGGGACCCCCCUCCGAGAGCUCUGGGCAGUGCUGGGGCUUUUGCUUGCUCUACUCUGGAAAUUGGCUGAUGGAGGUGGAGCAGAGCCAGACGGGAUGCGUCCGAGUCAAUGUGGGUCUCAGCAACACGCACUUCAACUGGGAUUUGCGUGUGCAGGAGACGUUUGAGUCCCCUGAGUGUGUCUGCGUCUUCUCUGACAAAGGACUCGGCGACAUGACUAGCACCUUCCACCGGCUCUUGGGCGAAAGGCUCAUUGCACCGCGCUGGCGGAACCUCAUUUGCCCCGUCCUGAUCAACACAUGGGAGGCCUUAUACUUUGAAGUUUACCAUGACAAGAUCCUGGAGCUGGCACGCCCUGCUAAGCAGGUUGGCGUCGAGCUUCUGGUGCUAGAUGAUGGGUGGUUUGGCAAGCGCGACGACGACACGACUUCGCUUGGUGACUGGAAAGAGGACCCGCGGAAGCUACCGCGAGGCCUGAAGGGGCUGGCAGAGGACCUGAACCAGAUGGGUCUGAAGCUUGGCGUGUGGGUCGAGCCAGAGAUGGUAAACAAGGACAGUGAGCUUUACAUGUCCCACCCCGAAUGGGUGCUGCAUCAUCCUGCCCGGCUUCGUUCGGAGGGCAGGAACCAGCUCGUCUUGGACCUGACGCGUGUGGAAGUCCAGGACUACAUCAUCGACACUGUGAGCUCUGUCCUCAAGGGCGCGAACAUCGAGUAUGUAAAGUGGGACAUGAAUCGGGCCCUCACCGAUGCUUUCUCGGCAGCGCUGCCGCCGAAGCAACAGGGCGAGGUCUACCACCGCUAUGUCCUGGGGCUCUAUCGAAUCUUCGAGACGAUCACCUCGCGUUUUCCGCACGUGCUCUUUGAAAGCUGUGCGUCCGGAGGAGGACGCUUCGAUGCGGCGUUGCUCGCGUGGUGUCCGCAGGCCUGGUGUUCUGACAACUCAGAUGCGUUUACGCGGACCCGCAUCCACAUGGGAACCUCUUUGUGGGCUCCGACACGAUGUAUGGGCGCGCACAUUGCAGCAUGUCCUAGCCAUCAGACUCGUCGCACGCAAAUCAUGAAGACACGCUUCAUUGUGUCUCUUUGGGGCACGUUUGGCCUCGAGCUGGACCUGAAUGCGCUCCCUGCAAAGGAGCUCGAGGAGGUAGCCGAGCUGGUGGCACUGAGAAAGAAGCUCUGCCAGGUGACCCUGCACGGCAACUUCUUCAGAUUACCAGGCUUUGGCUACCCUGGAGCUGCUCAGGGUAAUUCUGCAGGCAUCGGUGACUCGCAUGUCUAUGCGUGGAUGUUUGUAUCACCGGAGCAGGACAGGGCUGUGGUAAGCGCCAUCAUUUUCCACCAUGACACGGUUGGCAAGUUUCCAUCUCGAUUGAAGCUACGCGGUUUGAGGCAAGAGAGUCACUACAACGUCAGCGAGCAUGUUCCAACUCUUGCAGCCGAGGGCGUGUUUAAUGGCAUCUUUCAACCUGGUGGCCCGCAAUUUAAGCACCGCAGGCGGCUGACGUUGACAGGAUCGGUGCUAAUGCAGGUUGGCAUUCCUGUGCACUUCAACUUCGAUGGCGACUCCAUGCUCCUGGAGCUGCAGGCAGUCAAGACAGAGUGA